UAGCUUUUUAUAUGACGUAGUAGACCGAUGUUUUUCGCGGUCGCUUUUACACUUGUUUCUAUGAUGUCGAAUACGGAAUGCUUCGAUCCAGGAAUUAAUCCCUAUGUUUUCUCAAAUACUAUUGUAAAUCUCACUGAGAAUUCAUUAAAGUACAGAGAGAUGCAGGCUUACAUAGACACAUUAACAUACGUUGAUCAACCGCUGAACAGUCAGAACCUACUUGAUUCGAUUGCAAGUGAGUUCGGUCGAAAAUUUCAAGAUCGAAAAGCAGUUGUGAGGCGUCUUAGAGACGCUGUUGUGACGUCAUACAGAGGAACAACGUCAUUAAACAGCGAGUGUUGCAGAAUGACCGAUAGCCAAUUGGAGUUUGAUCCAUCAUUUAAACAAAAGGUCAACUAUGGGCAAGUUUGUGAGCGCAAAUCUUCCAAUUCCCCCCUCAAUUCAACAAAAUUACAAAAUGGUUUCAAAAACGCUUGCAUUCAAAACUAUCAGAACCUUCCCUCACUUAAGUGGCAAUACUUUGGUAGUGAACAAGGUGUUACAACGCUGUUCCCGUCUUUGCGUGCAACCGACUGUGGAUCAUUUGACAACCGAUGCAGGCCAUGGUAUGUACAAGCAAAUGUACCCAAACCAAAACAAAUCGUUAUCGUUAUUGACAAAAGUGGAUCCAUGGGUGUAACGAACAUGAACUUAGCAAAAGAAGCUGCUAAAAGUGUUGUCAACACCCUUAACCCACAAGAUAGAUUUGCAGUUAUGGCAUUUUCGAGUAUUUUUGUUCCUUUUCAAUCAACUGUCGCCAGUGAUCAAUGUUUUGCAACAACAUUUGCUGAUGCUUCACCUCAAAACAAGAAAAAAGUUGAAGAUUUUGUGGAUACUAUUUCAAGUGGAGGUGGCACCAAUUAUGCACCAGCUCUGCAAAAAGCAUUUUCUUUCUUUCAACAAGAACCUUCAGUUUCAGAUCCUUCUGAAAUAGAUCGGGUAAUCCUCUUUAUGUCCGAUGGCAUCCCCAAUGAUCCUGGGUCGACAAUCUUGUCUGCUCAAAUAAGAGCGAAUGAACAGCUCAACAAUUCAGUUAUUAUUCUGACGUAUGGUCUAGGAAAUGCUGACUUUGGUGUCUUGCGGAAUAUGGCUACAAAUAAAGGAGAUGUUUACGGAAUUUUAAAAAAUCCAAACAUUCCUGAACCUAGGGUUGGAUUAUUUACACAUAUACCACAUGCUAGUAACUUGAGAACUCAGAUGUCGUCGUAUUACAAUUUCUUUGCUGUUAACAGUCAGGGAUUGAAUGAACCAUUAUGGACAACACCUUACCUUGAUGGAUGGGGACUUGGAAUAUUAAUGACCGCCAGUUUGCCAGUUUAUGUAAACAACAAUCUGGUUGGUGUGGCUGCAGUUGAUAUUACCAUCGAAGAGUUACUCGCAGAAUCUUCAUACUUCAGACCAAGUGAACUUUCCUAUUCAUUUGUGAUCAAUAACAAAGGUCUUGUCAUCAAUCAUCCACUUUUCUCAUACAUCUCUAAUGUUGAUCCAUUACUUGUUUCCGCUACUGCAUAUGAAAGAAACGCAGCUUUCCUUUCUGUAUUUGAAUCAAUGAAGAGAGGUGAAAGUGGAAACAAAACAUUUCUAGCAACCAGAAUCUUGCCACAAGGUGACAGUAGCAAGUAUGGCGUUCGAGAAAUCCAAGUGAUGUCAACUUACUCUUGGAAACAAAUACCCGGAACACAAUUUUCUUUGUGUGUUGUUUUGGCUGUUGGAGACACUCAAGCAGUUCUACAAAACCAGCAAUUACCUUCACCUAAUCAAAAGUUUUUAUAUCAUCGGUUGGAUUUGGUGGCACCAACAACACCUUGCAAACAUCUUAACAGUUAUGGUGCAAAAGAUCAAUCCUCAGUUAUGUUAUCACCAAGGGCAUACCAACAUCCAAGUCAAUAUCUUUCCAAAUCUGAAACUGCCGCAGAUGUCACAUCAUUGAAGAAUUACAUGCUGGGAACUGGACCCAAUACUGCAAAUGUGAAGAAUUCUAUCCGAAAUGUAGUUUACGCCACAAGUAAAUUGGAGCAGCUAUGGACCGAAAUUUCUGGAGCAAGCCAGGAACUACAGCGAGAAAUACUCUGGAGAUACAUCGGGACAAAGGAAGGAGUUUUCAGAAUGUACCCUGGAACGGAACUUCCUAAAAACUUUGAUCCAGUAGUUCGUCCUUGGUACGAACAUGCUUUAGCAAAUCGUGAUAAAUUUGUAAUCACCCCACCUUAUAGAGAUGCAGCAUCAGGCAACAAUGUUAUUACACUCAGUAAAGUUAUCUUCGAAGGAAAGGCUAAUGGUUUCCACAACACACUAAGAGAUGAGGUUGUUGCAGUUAUGGGAGUUGAUUUAAUCUAUUCUCACUUUCGGAAAUUACUUUAUAGAGAUUAUCCAGUGUGCAACAAUACUCAAACUAAGUGUAUAGUUAUAGACCUGGCCGGUUAUGUCAUAUCAGCAGAGGUUAGUACUCAAACAUCUACCCUUGGCAAGCAUGUAACGGAAAUUGAACCAGAAAUAACAACAGUGUUAAUCAAGGCGGGUAUUAUGGCUCAGAAACAAUGUUCAAAUAUUGAAACUGGUGUUAUUCAAAGAACAUAUAAGAUAUCAGCCGAGCAGAGUGCUUAUCACGCAAGCACGGAAAGCAAUCCUUGUUAUACUUUUAGACUUAUUCCCAUUUCUGGUACAAACGCUUUUAUUAUCAAAAAAGACAAAUCCUCGCUGUGUAGGUCGUACAAUAGGAAAUCUUGUACUUGUUCUAAAGUGCUACCCCACUGUUCAACUACUUGGAAUGGGAAUAAUUGUGAAUGUCCUUGCAAUGCUGUCAACCCAUUCUUUCAUCAGUGUGAGAAUGACUACAGAUUUAUCGACAAUCAGGCACCACCCUGUACUCCAGAAAAUCAUGUGUUAGCGGCUGUAACUUCAACAAAAACAGAUGUUUCUGCAUUUCCAGUUUGUUAUCCUGUGUCUUUUACAAGUUCUCCAUCUCCAACGUCUCCAAAAGGUUCUUCUUUGAGUACAGGAGUAAUCAUAGGAAUAGCAGUGGGUGUAGCAGGCCCAUUGUUGAUUAUCCUUAUAUGUUGUUGCUGUUGUAAAAAUAAAACUAAACCAACACAAAAAAAUGAAACUCAUCGUCGUGUGUCAAACCAUCCUUCUGCUCCUGCUAUGAACCCACAUUACAACAGCGGCUACCACGGUGGUCCACCCAGUGUAGGGUUAGGUGUUGGACAUAACAACGGAGCGCAUUUUGGUGGAGGUGGAUACACUGGCGGUGACUUUGGUGGAGGUGGGGGUUUUGGGGGUGGUGGUGGAUUCGGAGGUGGUGAUGGAGGAGGUGGGGGUUUUGGGGGUGGUGGUGGAUUCGGAGGUGGUGAUGGAGGAGGUGGGGGUUUCGGGGGUGGUGGUGGAUUCGGAGGUGGUGAUUUUGGAAAAGGAAAAAAAAAAGGUUGGGGGGGUUUUUUUUUUGGUGGUGGAGGAGGUGGAGGUUGUGGUGGAGGUGAUGGAGGGGGUGGAUGUUAA